AUGGAUGAUUCUCCCGAAGAUGGAUUAUGCGCCAAUUACGCGCGCCACUUCAGUUGGUGGCAACCUCCGCCCGAGAGGCUCAUCCGAAAGAUCCCUGGCAUUGGUCUCCUCCAAUGCAACGGUGACACCGCGAACGACUACUUCACAGAACCCGCUCCUCUCGUCGGAACGGUGGCAGCGGGUGACAAUGUCCAUCUCAGCUGGCUAAACCAUGCUGGAGAUAACCACAAAGGCCCUUUGCUAACUUACAUGGCGCGUGCUCCAUCGGAUAUUGACAUCAGGCAGUGGAUUCCCGGGAGAGAGGCCGUCUGGUUCAAGGUACACCACGAAGGGAAAUACGGAGAUGGGAAAUGGGCCGCACCGGAGAUGUUCGAGAAGCGAAAUGGGACUUACACAUUUAGGAUCCCACCAAACCUGUUACCGGGUCAAUACCUGAUACGGCACGAAUGGAUUGCUCUGCACUUCGGUAUCGCCUUACCUUUUGCUGUGGAAUGA